AUGCCCCUCCACGAAUUACCCGCGACAUUGCGGGAUGCCAUCGUUGUUGCUCGCGACCUAGGGUUCCAGUAUAUCUGGAUCGACGCCAUCUGCAUCGUUCAGGACGAUGGAGUGGAGUGGGCCCACGAGGUUGCGAAUAUGCAGCACGUUUAUGCUGGCGCAUUCUUCACAAUUUCGACUGUGGCGUCGAGUAGCAUCUGCUUGAAUUACAGGAUACCCAAGGCAUUCCGUGAAUAUGCGUGGCAAGCAGGAUCCACCCCUCACCAGGUCCCUGGUUCUCCCAUGUAUCUCGUUGCGUGCCCCAACACUCUCCCUGCCAUGGAACCUUCCAUGUAUGGACCCGUACACCAACGGGCAUGGACUCUUCAAGAGCAAAUGAUGAGCACGCGGAUUUUGUACUAUGGCCGCGGAACGCUCUGGUGGGAGUGCUUCAAUCUCUACGCAUCCGAGGGCCAGCCCGGACCAUUACACUUGUCAGAUUACGCGUCAUGGGAAAGAUCCGAGACAAAGAACGCUGUUCGAGGGGUGCUUACAGAUCGAUGGGGGGAUGCAGAUGUAUUCAAGCAUUGGCAGCAGUUAGUGUACGAUUAUACCGGCCGUACCAUGACAGAGAGACGAGACCGGUUGACUGCCAUCGUCGGGUUGGGUCAUGCCAUGGAACCAUUUAUGAAGAGCAACUUUGUUGCCGGCGUAUGGCCGGGCGAUCGGCUACUAGAGAGUCUCUGCUGGGAAGUUCGCGUCUACGAACACUCGAUGCGCAAUCCCCAAUUUCCGUCAUGGUCUUGGGCCUCGGUGACUGCUUUCGUUCUUUACGACCUCGCAGGCCAUCUAAAAGCAUACGGAGCAAUGCGCUGCAUUGCCGAUGUCGUGUCUUUUAAUGCUAAUAUUUCUGACGAGGCACAGACGGCCGUGACGGGCUCCAUUACCCUCAAGGGGACAGUCGGAAGACUAGCAAAGCCGGCGGAGUGGAAUACGGACGAAGGAGUUUUGGAUCCGUAUCGCCAGGACUGCAUGGCUGACCCAAUCGAUCAAUGCUGGUAUAUUGAUGUCCUUGAAUCUGAUAUGUGGACCCCGACGCGAUUCGUUCGGCUACUGUUGCACCAAGUGAACAUUGAAACAAAGACUUUUAGGCGGAUCGGAAUUGGCCUUGGAGAUAGGGACGGUUGCUCUGAAAUUAUAGAGAAUGAGGUAAUCGUGCUUAUUUAG